GCCGGGUACCGAGUUGUUUUGGUGUCGGUAUUGGCGGGAGGUUGCACAAGCCUGGGGCGGGCUCAGGGAAGGAGUGCCGCUACCUGUGGUAUCUUCCGUUCUUCUCCCAGGGCCAGGACUGAGGUGUGCGGGGUCCUUUCGUUACCCGCUGACACCAUGGUUGACUGCAUCUGGCUUAGGCCAGCGAGCUUUGGCCCUUGUAAGGUGUGCAGGAGUCCGGUGUAUUCUCUUGUGUGAGUGACAGCCGAGCGACCGCAUCUUGCAGAGAAGAAAGCUGGGGGAGAGAGUGCUCCAGAGGUGUCUGCACUGUGAAAUCCUCCCGAUGGCUCCAGGAGCUGGAGCUGCAGCAGUACCAGGCGCUUUGCCUUGUGCCCUCCUUUCCUUUUCUCCUCUCUGAGUGCGUGCCCUGCUCCCUGUCCCCCUCUUUGUCUCAUUUUCUCUAUUUUUCUCCUUUUUUUCUUUCUGCCCAGCUCCCUCACCUGUUUUUUUUUCCUGCUUUCUUCUUUCUGCUGAGCUCCUGGGCUCUGGUUAUCUUGAUGUGCCUACUUCCAUCUCUGACCCUCACUUUCCAUCUCUGUUGCACUUCUCCUGCUCCUGUCACACCUGUGUUGUUAUAUUCUUGCAUCUCACUCCUUCUCUGUUGCUUUGCCUACUGUGCAGUGUUGUUACCUCUCCACUUCCUUUUUCCUUCUGUCCCUCUCUGUCCACAUGUUGUAGAAUCAUAGAGUUGUAAGGGGCAUUUAAGGCCCAUCUAGUCCAACUCCCCUGCAAUGAACAGACAUGCUCAGCUCGGUCAGGUUGCUCAGGGCCUGGUCCAGCCUGAUCUUGAAUGCCUCCAGGGUUGAAGCCAGCUUUUCCCUUGUUUCCUCCAGCGGAGCCAGGAGGCUUGGUAGCUUGGUCAAGGCUUGCCUGCCAUGAGGGCCCUCAAGCAUGAGGAACACCAAGUAUGCACUGCUGCUGCCUGUGGCCACUCUGGCUCAGGCACAGCAAUGCACCAAGAGCUGCCUCUAGCUCCUGAUUAUGCAUACACUUGCAUUUGUUGGUGCCCAGCUUUGCUUAGACACUUUUGUAGUUGUGCAGGGCGCUGGGCAAAGCCCUACGUCACUCCACUCAUCCUUUAUGCUCCACCCUCCUGGUACUGACCCGAGACCCUCCUGACCUAUCCCAGUUGCAAGUCAAUCCAAAGUAGAGAGAGCAGGAAGUAGGCGGUAUGACCACUUCCUGGAGCUUCUGGAGAAAUCUGGAGGGUGUUCAUGCAAUGGGGGCGGUGGGGAGUUGCCAUAAAGAUGAAACAAAUGCCAUCCUCGCUUCUGGAUGCAAGGAAGCAGCCGGUGAAGGGGGUGUUCUGAACUCUCUUGGUGCCUUUUCCAAGAAACAAAGGCUCAGCUGGGUUCACAGCAUGAAGCCUUAAGGCAAUCUGUCGCUCUGUGGUCUGUUGAGUGGUGAGUUGCAUUGAAAUCUAGCAGCACAGCAUGCGUAAAAGUCCCAAGCUUCCCUCUCCUGUGGGAGCAUGGGCCAAAGACGAGGCUGGAGAAGCUGACUUGUAGAGGACCGAGGAAGGAAAGCAUAUUUCUCGUUGUCUCUGGACUAGCCUCUAACCCUUUGGAUGGGGUUGUGCCGAGCAGGAGAGGACCACGAGGCUUCUGGAAGGAUGGUAAUCCAGAGAUGCUAACUAUAGCCUGGAGGUCGUGAAUCAACUCAGAUCACCUUCUUCCCAUGCACUGAGAUAAUGUGAACGUGUACUCUGCAGGGAAAAGAGGAAGUGACCCGAGACAGCCAGCACAGCCUUACCAAGGGCAUAUCAUGUCUGACCAAUGUGAUGGCCUUCUAUGAUGGAGUGAUGGCACUCAUGGACAAAAGAAGAUCAAGUGAUGUCAUCUACCUGGACUUGUACAAGGAGGAGAAGGUGAGGAACUUAUCAGCCCUUGUUUACCACCUGGUUUCGAAUCUGUGUGGCAGCGUGCUGAGACAGUGUACAAAAUCAAAGGCAGGUGAGCCUCUGUGUGAGUCUUGUUCUAACAAAGCAGCAGAGACGCUCCACAGGAGAGUGCGUAAAGGUGAGGAAGUGAAGGACUUGGAUUUUCGUGCUUUCCCCUGCUACGAUGCUUGUUCAGCAGAGGUUGGUCUCAUAGCGUAUUUAUUACCUGUCUCUGGAGUUCUACAUGGGCCGCACCCUGCAGAACACGAUGGUGAACCUGGGCUUGCAGAACGCCUGUGAUGAAGCCAUUUACCAGCUGGGUUUGGACUUGGAGGAACUGGAGGAAAUUGAAGAAGAUGCUGGGCUGGGAAAUGGAGGCCUGGGCCGCCUGGCAGCUUGCUUCCUGGACUCCAUGGCCACGCUGGGGCUGGCAGCGUACGGUUACGGCAUCCGCUACGAGUUCGGUAUCUUCAAUCAGAAGAUCGUCGACGGCUGGCAGGUGGAGGAGGCUGAUGACUGGUUACGCUACGGCAAUCCCUGGGAGAAAGCCCGCCCAGAGUACAUGAUUCCCGUGCACUUCUACGGCCGCGUGGAGCACAGCCCCGAGGGCGUGAAGUGGGUCGACACUCAGGUUGUCCUUGCUAUGCCAUAUGACACGCCAGUGCCAGGAUAUAAGAACAACACUGUGAACACUAUGAGGCUGUGGUCUGCAAAAGCACCCAAUGACUUCAACCUCCAAGAGUUCAAUGUGGGUGACUACAUUGAGGCGGUGCUGGACAGAAACCUGGCAGAAAACAUAUCCAGAGUCCUAUACCCAAACGACAACUUCUUUGAAGGCAAAGAGCUGCGGCUGAAACAGGAGUACUUUGUGGUGGCUGCAACCCUGCAAGACAUCAUCCGACGCUUUAAGUCCUCCAAAUUCGGCUGUCAAGACCCUGUGAGAACAAGCUUUGAGACCUUCCCGGACAAGGUGGCUAUACAGCUAAAUGACACCCACCCUGCCCUGUCCAUCCCAGAGCUCAUGCGGAUCCUGGUGGAUGUGGAGAAAGUGGACUGGGACAAGGCCUGGGAGAUCACAAAACAGACCUGUGCGUACACCAACCACACCGUGCUGCCUGAAGCCCUGGAGCGCUGGCCAGUCUCCAUGUUUGAAAAGCUGCUGCCACGUCACCUAGAGAUCAUCUAUGCCCUCAACCAAAUGCAUCUGGAUCGCGUGGCAGCUCUCUACCCAGGGGAUAUUGACCGUCUCCGAAGGAUGUCGGUGAUCGAGGAAGGAGACUGCAAGCGUAUCAACAUGGCGCACCUCUGCGUCAUCGGCUCUCACGCUGUCAAUGGUGUGGCUCGCAUCCACUCGGACAUCGUGAAGAACACAGUGUUCAAGGAUUUCUAUGAGCUGGAGCCAGAGAAAUUUCAGAACAAGACAAAUGGGAUCACGCCAAGGCGCUGGCUUCUGCUGUGCAACCCGGGACUGGCCGACGUUAUCGCUGAGAAAAUUGGGGAAGGCUUUGUCACAGACCUAAGCCAGCUGCAGAAGCUCCUGGAUUUCAUCAACAAUGAGACAUUCAUCAGGGAUGUGGCAAAAGUCAAGCAGGAGAACAAGCUGAAGUUCUCGGCCUACUUGGAGGAGCACUACAAGGUCAAAAUCAACCCUUCGUCCAUGUUUGAUGUUCAGGUCAAGCGAAUCCAUGAGUACAAGCGGCAGCUGCUGAACUGCCUGCAUGCUAUCACCCUCUAUAACCGCAUCAGAAGUGACCCUUCCAAAUCCUUUGUGCCUCGGACCAUCAUGAUUGGAGGAAAGGCAGCUCCUGGCUACCACAUGGCCAAGAUGAUCAUCAAGCUCAUCACAUCCAUCGGUGAGGUCGUCAACAACGAUCCCUAUGUGGGGGACAAGCUCAAGGUCAUCUUCCUGGAGAACUACCGGGUAUCCCUGGCUGAGAAGGUGAUCCCGGCAGCAGACCUCUCCCAGCAGAUCUCCACAGCUGGCACGGAGGCCUCGGGCACUGGCAACAUGAAGUUCAUGCUGAAUGGGGCCCUUACCAUCGGCACCAUGGAUGGAGCCAACGUGGAGAUGGCCGAGGAGGCAGGCGAAGAAAACCUCUUCAUCUUUGGCAUGCGAGUGGAGGAAGUGGAAGCCUUGGAUCGCCGAGGGUACAACGCACGGGAGUACUACGACCGCAUACCGGAGCUGCGGCAGGCUAUCGAUCAGAUCAGCAGCGGGUUUUUCUCCCCAAGAGAUCUCGGUUGCUUCAGAGACGUUGUCAACAUGCUCAUGCACCACGACAGGUUUAAGGUGUUUGCUGACUACGAAGCGUACAUUAAAUGCCAAGGCCAAGUGGAUCAGCUGUUCAUGGACCCCCGGGAGUGGACUAAGAAAGUUAUCAGGAACAUUGCGUGCUCGGGCAAGUUCUCCAGUGACAGGACCAUCACGGAGUACGCCCGAGAGAUCUGGGGUGUGGAGCCAUCUGCCACAGCAAUCCCCCCACCCAACCAGCCCCGGGAUUGACGCGAGCACAGAGGGAAGGAAAGAGGGAUGUAUUCCCAGCCCGGGAGGCCUGAGCUGCAUUUCACCGCCAGCCACAUGGGCUCGGCGCUGCAGAAGCAAGGCCUUUCCCUCAGCAGGGUACAAGGAUGCCCUGAGGAGGAGCCCUGACUGAGCAACGGGAGCUGGGAGAGAGGAGAAGGGACCCUGUGUUUGCACCCAUGUAUCCAGCCUGCACGUGCUGCAUAUUGCUUCUAGUGAGACAACCACAGAUAAGUCUUCCACCACCGUGUUCCACGCUUAACAAGGGAUUUCCAAUUCAGUCCUUCCGUCCCUGUGCACGGAGCCUUGCUUGGCCUCCUUGCAGCGUGGAGGAUCUUGCAUCCUGCUCCAGGGGCUGUGCCAGCCCUACAGCCAUCAGAGGGAGAGGCUGCUGCCUGCCCUUCCAGUCACCUCUUUCCCCUGUAACACCUUGAGAAAGUGGGGUUGGAUGUUCCAUCAGCUGCCUCCAGCGUGGUUGCUGAUUCUGUACAGCGUGGUCCAAAAGGAGAUGGAUCAGCACCUGGGGUCACACAGCUUGCUGUAGCCUCCUCCUGCACCUAUUAAUUAAAGCCCAGUAGCCGAACCACUUCAGGGAUUUUUUUAAGGUUUUUUUUUUUUUCUUUUUUUUAAGCAUCCAUGUCUGCAUGGAACAGGUUCUACUUGUCACUGCCAGUUGAGUAGUUGACCCUGCAGUGCCCUUAGGCCCCCAGAGGGGCUUUGGCCUCUCAGGGCACUUCUGCCCAAGAGGUGACAAUCUUAUUACAGCUCUUGUGUUCCUCCACAGCUGGGUGAUGCUGGUCUGGUGCUGGGGUCAGUUCAACACCUGUAGUGCGAUGUAGUGCACCCAUACUCCUGUGUGACACCAACUCAUUAAAAUGACCAAAAUACCUGUUAGUUUGA